CGUGUUUUACUCUUGUGGACAAAUAAAACACUACAGCUGCUGACAGGAGGUAGCUUCAGAGCACAGGUGACUGAGAUGACCUCAGGUAAAUAGAAAACCUCAGCUCAGACAGCGCCCUGUCUGGAAUGCGGCUCGUCCAGCUUGAUCCUUGAGGAGUCAACCCUCAUACAUGUUCGUGGUUACCUUUAUCAUUAUAACACAUGCACCAGCGGAGGCUAUAGCUUGCUGCUCUUCUAAUGUUUAAAUUGCAGUCGUGCCUGAUGACAGCAGACAGAUGUGGGGAGUUAUAAAAACAACUUAACUACUAAAAAAAAUCCAAGUUGGCUGGCUCCCAAAUUCAGCGUUGGGUGCGUGCAUAUCACAGAUGCAGGAUGCGGUGGUGUCCCAGCUCAGUGCUCCACCUACUGCGCUGUGUGCGGUUACGGCCCUGUAUCAGGAGAGGAAGGAACAGACUGCCUCUGUGGGUUAGGGAAAUAUGGGCUUACAUGAGCGUACUGGCACAGUCACUUUACUUUAACUCCCUCACAGACUCAGAUGUGGUUUUCGACUCCGUCUUUGAACCGUUGUUUUGGACUGUGGAUUAUGUGACCCGCUGGUUUGGCACAGUUUUUGUUUUCCUGGUGGUGAUACUGGUCAGCUCUAUCUUGGCGAUAGCCUAUAUGGUCCUACUGCCUCUGGUUCUCAACACAUACUCCCCUCCAUGGAUUGCUUGGCAUGUUUGUUAUGGACACUGGAACCUUGUCAUGAUUGCGUUCCAUUACUACAAGGCCACCAAGACAGCCCCUGGGUACCCCCCUACAGAAAAAAACGACAGUCCAUUUGUGGCAGUCUGCAAGAAGUGUGUCAUGCCCAAACCAGCAAGAACACACCACUGUGGUAUCUGUAACAGGUGCAUUCUAAAAAUGGACCAUCAUUGUCCCUGGUUGAAUAACUGUGUGGGUCACUUUAACCAUCGUUACUUCUUCUCCUUCUGCCUCUUCUUGACCUUGGGCUGUGUCUACUGUAGCAUCAGUGGCAGAAACCUGUUCCUAGAUGCAUACAAUUCUAUUGAGCGCUUUAAACAUUUGGACAUGGACAAACCAGGGGUACCAGUAACAGGGAUGGGACUUCUUAUAGGGCUUCUACCACCUGGCCAGACCAACUACCAGACACCUGCACCUCCAUACACCUUUAAGGAUAAGAUGAUUCAUAAGAGCAUAAUUUACAUGUGGGUGCUUACCAGCACUGUGGGAGUGGCUCUGGGGGCGCUGACUCUUUGGCACGCAGUUCUUAUAUCCAGAGGAGAGACCAGCAUAGAAAGACACAUUAACGGCAAGGAAAUAAAGAGAAUGGCAAAACGAGGAAAGGUAUACAAAAACCCUUAUAGUUACGGCAAGCUGAAUAACUGGAAAGUCUUCUUUGGCGUGGAGAAAAAGAGUCACUGGGUGACGCGUGUUCUCCUUCCAUCUGGACACACCCCACAUAGUGAUGGUUUAACGUGGGACGUCUUCCCAGUCAAAAAGGACUUAAUACCUGUAUGACCGAUGAUACUUAGGCAUACUUGUAGCCUGAUUUCAGCGGUUUUUGCUGAAUUCAACUUACUCUGGUUACUUGAUCUGGUUGGCUUACAGAAUCCAUGCAUGGUAGCUCCAUACAGCUGAAGAAAUGGAGUCAUGUCAACCUCCAAUACCUCAAAAACAUGCUGUGGCAUUGCUCAAGAUUUGACAGUCUACAUUAUUUGGAAGGUUUAUCCUUUUUCUGGGCUUUACUAAGUCUUACAAACGGGUCUUACUUGUCUUUAAGCUCACGACAGGUUUGAUAUUUUUAUAAGCCACAUGUACUGACUGACAUAUUAUUGGACUGAAGUACCUUUUAGAAUAGUGAAUUUUUUUUUUUUUAAAGCAAACUAUCUGUUCUGCGCAAGGAAAAAAACUUUUUGGGACAUCAUUGCUCCUCCCAACACCUCCACCUCGUCCCAUAUGCACACUUCAGUCCAAUAUUAUCAAUUGAAACUAACUUUUAAGGAAAACCACAGCACCAUCACAAUGUUGUUAUUUAUCUGUAUUUUGUACCUGUUAAGUUAAGAAAUCUUUAUAAAUGACUUUAUUUAAGCAGAUGGUUGCAGUGAGUAUUCAGUUAUUACUAAAAAUACACACUCACUGUUAUUACACAUGCACAGAUUUUUGUACAUCAAACUCUUUUUUAUUGGCAUUUAUGCCAAAAUAAAGAUCAAUUAUGGUAUUCA